AUGCAUCGAGAGGCGCUAGAGCGCACCAACAACAAUAGAGGCAGCGAAGGGAUGGAGGCUCCCACACUCCCAAAGACCCAGGUCCCCCAAGCGGCGGGAACCCAGGCCGCCAAGCCUCUGCCAGCCCCCCUCCCGCCGGCGGCGGCGGCAGCGGAGGCGCUCCACGUAAAUGGGCAUGAAGCGUGGAGCGCCUCCGCCGCCGCCACCGGCGCUGCCGGCGCCGCCGGCCCCACCGCAGCCGCGGAAGAAGGCGAAGCUGCUGGCAUGGGGCUCAAUUCGGUGCUGUUCGUCAAGGGCCUCAAGAACUCGUAG